AAAGGUCUGCUAUUUCCUUCUAAAACCCUAAACCAAAGCAAGCAAAGCUCGCAACUUUGUUUCACUCUCGUUUAUAACCUUCUCUUGUCCCUUGAAGUAGUAAAGGAGCCGCCUUUCGUAAACUAACCAUGCCUAAGUCUAAGCGUAACAGGCCAGUUACUUUAUCAAAAACAAAGAAGAAGGGGAGGGAGCAUAAAGAGUCUAUAGUGAAUUCGAUAAGGGAUGCUGUGGAGAAAUACAAUUCUAUUUAUGUGUUUAGUUUUGAAAACAUGAGGAAUCUCAAAUUCAAGGAGUUCAGAGAACAGCAUAAAUUAACCAGCAGAUUCUUCCUUGGGUCAAACAAAGUGAUGCAGGUUUCUCUGGGCCGAUCUGCUGCUGAUGAAAUCAGGCCGGGUCUUCACAAAGUUUCUAAGCUUCUAUGUGGUGAUUCUGGACUUUUUCUUACCAACCUGUCAAGAGAAGAAGUUGAAAGGUUGUUUAAUGAGUAUGAGGAAUACGACUUUGCAAGGACAGGAACCACUGCAGCAGAAACGGUGGAACUUAAGGAAGGUCCCCUGGAACAGUUUACUCAUGAGAUGGAGCCCUUUUUGCGCAAGCAAGGGAUGCCUGUUCGGUUGAACAAGGGUGUGAUAGACCUUGUUUCAAACUUUGUUGUCUGUGAAGAGGGGAAGCCUCUCUCGCCCGAGUCUUCUCGCAUACUGCGCUUGUUAGGCACCAAGAUGGCCACCUUCCGACUUCACUUAAUUUGCCGAUGGAGCCCUGAGGAUUUUGAGCUUUAUAGAGAAGGUCUAGAUGAAUCAGAUGUUGAAUCAGCAUAAACCUAUGCAACUCAUUUGACUAUUUGCAAUGGUAUUCAUGUGAAAUCAAUCAAAAUCGUUGAGAGAAUACCUGUGUAAUUGAAGUUAAUUGCAGUAGGUGUUGAAUUUUUGUAGUUCAAGGUGAUACAGGAGCAAGAUCCUUUCUUUGUGUAAGUUGUGGUAAUCGAAGACAGCAUGUUAUUUUA